CAUAUCCCUACCAAGUAGGCAAGUACCAAAUAUCUACCAAGUACCAAAUAUCCCAAAUCACCACCCACCCCUUUCUCUUUUCCAGUUUCAGGGGCUUGCGUAAGAUCACUCAAAACUCAUAAAAACAGAAACUUUAAUGGCGGAACAAGAUGUACCAGAAGGAACCAUUCAAAACGUACUGGAACAAGAAACUUUGAAGUGGGUAUUUGUUGGUGGCAAAGGGGGUGUUGGCAAAACUACUUGCAGCUCCAUUCUCUCAAUCCUUUUGGCUUCUGUCAGACCCUCUGUUCUCAUCAUCUCUACCGAUCCUGCUCACAAUCUCAGUGAUGCUUUUCAACAAAGAUUCACUAAAUCUCCUACUCUUGUUAAUGGGUUCACCAAUUUGUAUGCUAUGGAGGUGGACCCCACUGUGGAGAACGAAGAUACCGGUAGUUCAGAUGGAAUGGACGGUUUCCUAUCAGAUUUAGCAAACUCAAUUCCUGGAAUCGACGAGGCUAUGAGUUUUGCGGAGAUGCUAAAGUUAGUGCAAACUAUGGAUUAUUCGGUGAUAGUUUUUGAUACUGCUCCCACCGGUCAUACACUUCGGUUGCUACAAUUUCCUUCAACAUUAGAGAAAGGUCUUGACAAAAUAAUGAGCUUAAAGAGUAAAUUCGGUGGCUUGUUGGGUCAGAUGACGCGUAUGUUUGGUGUUGGAGAAGAGUUUGGCGAGGAUGCAAUUCUUGGAAAGUUGGAGGGCAUGAAAGACGUUAUUGAGCAAGUAAACAAGCAGUUUAAAGAUCCGGAUUUGACAACUUUUGUAUGUGUGUGCAUCCCUGAAUUCCUCUCGUUAUACGAGACAGAGAGACUUGUGCAAGAACUUGCUAAGUUUGAGAUCGAUACGCAUAAUAUCAUCAUCAACCAAGUGCUUUUUGAUGAAGAAGGUGUGGAAUCAAAGUUGCUCAAAGCUCGAAUGAAAAUGCAACAAAAAUACUUGGAUCAAUUCUACAUGUUGUAUGAUGAUUUUCAUAUUACGAAGUUGCCAUUGCUGCCACAAGAGGUUUGUGGAGUCGAAGCAUUAAAAGCGUUUUCACAACAUUUCUUGAAACCGUAUCAACCAAUGCUUACUGAGGGUACAAUAGAAGAGCUAGAACAAAGAGUCUCAAGGCUCCAACAACAACUUAAAGAAGCCGAAUCUGAACUAGAAAGAGCGAGAAAAGGGAAACAACCUGUUAACAAUUAAAAUAUUAUAGUAACCAAGAUUUUUUAUACAUCAAUAUGCAUAAUCAUGUAUAACUCGUCUUUUUGUUAUCGGCUUAGAUUAUAGUCAUUGGAGCUUUUCGCGCUUUUGAAAGUUACUGUUACUGGACUGUUUAAAUUGUUGAGUAAACUGAUCAUUCAUGGAGAA